CCCAGCAUGUCAUAGCUGUCACCUCCACUAUAAACAUCCAUGUGUUCUUACUAAUUUGAACACCGUUGCAUCAAUACGCAUUACAUAAAUUCAAUUCAAAAAUACGCAUUCAAUGAAUUCAAUUCAAUUAUAUUCUCCGCUGUAAUUAAAACAUGGAAGCAUCCUCGAAGACCCAAUUCGCCUUCUCUCUCCCGGUGGAUUCCGAUCACAAGGCCACCGUAUUCCGGCCAUUCUCCCUGUCGUCGCCGCACAUGCGAGCCUUCCACCUCGCAUGGCUCUCUCUCUUCUCCUGCUACUUCUCCACCUUCUCUAUCCCACCACUCCUCGCCGUCAUCCGCGAGGACCUCCACCUCACCGCCACCGACAUUGGCCACGCCGGCAUUGCCUCCUUCGUUGGCUCCAUCUUCUCCCGCCUAGCCAUGGGCCCUGCAUGUGACCUCGUCGGACCCCGCAUCGCCUCCGCCUCUCUCUCUCUCCUCACCGCCCCAAUAAUCCUCUCAACGUCCCUCAUCUCAUCACCCCUCUCCUUCAUCAUCGUUCGCUUCCUCGUCGGCCUCUCGCUGGCCAACUUCGUCGCCAACCAGUUCUGGAUGAGCUCCAUGUUCUCCGGCAACAUCGUGGGCCGCGCCAACGGCGUGGCAGCAGGGUGGGCCAACGUUGGCGCCGGAGUCACCCAGCUCGUAAUGCCACUCAUUUUCUCUCUCAUCGCCACCACCUUCAACGUACCAUCUUCCACUGCAUGGCGUCUCGCCUUCAUCGUCCCGGCGAUAUUCCAAGCUGUAACAGCAGUCAUGGUGUUGUUCCUCGGCCAAGACUUGCCGGACGGGAACUAUAAACGGUCACGAAAACUCGGAAAUAACUCAAGAGACAACGCUCUCGGAGUUCUGAUUAAUGGGCUUAAGAAUUACAGAGGGUGGAUAUUGGGUUUGUUGUAUGGUUAUAGCUUUGGAGUUGAGCUAACAACUGAUAAUAUCGUAGCGCAGUACUUUUACGAUAGGUUUCACGUGAAGAUUCAGACGGCGGGGGCGAUUGCGGCGAGCUUCGGGUUGGCGAAUAUCGUGUCGAGGCCGGCGGGAGGGGUGGUUUCCGACGAGAUGGGGAGGAGGUUUGGGAUGAGGGGGAGGCUGUGGGGCUUGUGGGUGGUGCAGACCGUGGCGGGUUUGUUGUGUGUGUUACUCGGGCGAGUCAACUCGCUGUGGGGUUCCAUAGGUGUGAUGUGUGGGUUCUCUGUGUUCGUUCAAGCCGCUGCUGGCCUUGCGUUUGGCGUGGUUCCAUUCGUUUCCAAAAGAAGGAAGACACAUUGUCUGAAAAGGACCAAUCCUUGUGGUGACAGGGACAGUGGGCUCCACAAUUGAUCUGAUUCAGUAAGGUAACACACUGCUCUACUGCAUCAACCGACAGCGAUGCUCACACGUGUGGAUGUUCCACACGUGUAAGCAAUCAAGAUAGUAUGCUAAUUUUAAAACUGUAAUUAGUGGAAUUAAAAAAUAAUAAUUCAAAGAAUUGAAUUAAAAUAUACAUAAAUUCUAAAACUGUAAUUAGUGGAAUUAAAAAAUAAUAAUUCAAAGAAUUAAAUUAAAAUAUACAUAAAUUCUAUGUAGCCGAACACAAUUAUACAAUUCAAAAAUCAUUUGUAAAAAAAUAAAUUUUUAUAUUUAAUCCACUCAAUCUUU